AUGGUGGGAUCAGGUUCUGCAGGUGGAGAUUUACGAACUCCACAGUUCAACGGCUCAAACUAUGAUUUUUGGUCAGUAAAAAUGGAGACUAUCCUCAUAGCAUAUGACCUAUGGGAUGCAGUGGAGAUUGGAAUACAACCACAGCCGAUUAUUGAGCAGGAAGCUGGCUCUGAAGGCACUGGAGAUGAAGAGAGUGAGGCUGACCAAAUCCCAGUGGAAGCACCUACUAUCUCCAGAGAAGAUAAGAUCAAAAAUGCCAAGGCUUUGAGUCUUAUUCAAGGAGCACUGACAGAUGAACUCUUUCCUCGCAUCAGAAAUGAGAAGACUGCAAAAGGUGCUUGGGAAAUUCUAAAAAGAGAGUUCAGAGGAGAUAAAAAGGUAGGAGCUGUGAAAUUACAAGCUAUUAGAGCUGACUUUGAAUAUUUGAGAAUGAAUGAUGUUGAAUCUCUAGAUGACUACUUGGCUUGUUUUUUUGAAAUUGUAAACAACCUGAAAUCUCUAGGAGAAGAUGUAACAGAGAAAAGGAUUGUCCAAAAAUUGUUGAUGAGUCUAAGUAGGAGGUACAAGUCCAUAGUGUCAAUCAUUGAAGAAACCAGAGAUCUUGACACUAUUAGAGUUGAAGAAAUUCUUGCAUCUGUCAAGGUUUAUGAUAAGAGAGAGGAUUUGCAUGAUGAAAGGGACAAAUUGGCAGGAACUGAGAAAGCUUUUAGCAGUCUCAGAGUUGGAAAUGAUCAAGCUUCUGGAGCUAACAAAAGUUCUCAGGGAAAGCAAAAUAAAAAAUGGCAAGGACAAAACAAAAAGGGCUCAAAUUGGUUCAAGGUGGAAAUUUUAACAACAAUAAUGGCUCUGGAGGGAAUUGGAACAGCAGCUUCAGUUCACAAAACAAGCAAGGGAGUAGUAGUCAAGGUGGUGUGA